AUGUCUUCCUUCUCCGCAACCGGCGCCAGAAACGGUGGGGUUCACUAUGGCUAUGGCCAAGUGCCCACCGAAUACCCAGCAACAUCCAUUUCACCAUACAGUCAACACAUCCGAGAAGACACUUUCUAUGAGUCAAUUGACCCUUCGCUCGGAGACUCAAACUCUCCGGACGCUAGCUCGCAACGUUGGCAGCCAGUCUCAGAGCUGUCAUCAUGCUUUCAACAGUCUCCAGUCGACAUUUGUCUCGACCCUAGGCUGACUCGUGAUACUCGCAACGACAGCAUUUAUCAAGCUGAUGGUGUACGAAAUGGGUCGCCGUCUUCUUUCCAGGGCUCGCCAGUGUUUAGCUUGGCGAAAAGCCCAUCUGUUGGCAGCGAUGGUAGCUAUGACGCGCCUCCGACGCCACCAGAUGCACAUGGCAAUGUCAUCACUCUGGGAACUCCCUAUGACUCUGAUUAUUACGAAUCCAGCACCAAGCAGCCAGAGGUCAGCUACUAUCCAGGCUCACAGGACGAAGACGUUCACGAGCAUGUUGCAAACCCAACAUACUACAAUGUGGAAAGCCAUGAGUUCAACGGACAAUACAUGUUUGGCACUAUUCCCCGCUGCAACUCUCUGGGCCAUAUCAGUGUCCAUGGCGCACAUAUUGAUGCUGCCAAUGCCAGCGCUCGCCACUAUUCUCCCUGCACUAGUCUUUCUUAUGUCGACUCAGCCCGCCAUAUCAAAGAAGAGAGCAUGCCACCAAACACUGAAAAGUGGGCGUCGACUACCAGGGUGGUGAAGAGACGCAGCCGCGCCUCGCAGUAUCGCUACGAUCCCAUCUCUACUGGCAACCAAGCCUCUGCUGGUCACGAUGUGUCGUCACAGGGUGAUAGGAAGCGCAAGGUUUACAGUGCAAACAAAAAAUUCUGCCACAAGUGCAAGAAGCAUUUCCCUAGCCGGGCAUUGCUUGACGAGCAUACGGGCAAGGUCCACCCCCGGCCUUACAUCUGCGUCUUCCACUAUGCGGGCUGCACCGCCAAGUUCGAUGCCAAGAACGAAUGGAAGCGCCAUGUUAGCACGAAGCACUUGGGUUUGAAAUACUGGGUCUGCAUGGAGGGCAAAUGCGCCGAUGAGCGACAAUCGUCGUUCCAGCAACGUGCGGGCCUUGUGCCGAACGGCAACAUUUUCAACCGCAAGGACCUGUACACCCAGCACAUUCGGCGCAUGCACUCCAACAUUGCCGGCCAGAGCACAACCGACUACAAGGGUGCAGACGCCAGAUCUGACUUCAUGGUCAAGAGAAUGCAAGAGGACGCUCUGCGCAUCCGGUGUCGGCUCCCAACCUGGAUGCCUUGCCCCGUGAAAUCCUGCAACAAGUCGUUCAAGGGCAGCAACGCUUGGGACGAGCGCAUGGAGCAUGUAGCUCAGCAGCACUUUGAAAACGCGGCUACCGGCAAGGAGCCACCGGUGGAGUUUGGAGGACUUCACGAUUACGUUUUGACCGAAUGGGCGCAGCGAUCCGAAAUCCGCAUCGUCAGACAAACAGACAUGGGAUGGGAGCUCUGCGACCCCCUGAAGGGCGACACAGAAUACAGGAUGGUCACAGCCACCUCUGAAGGCGAACUGUAG